AUUUAUCUCUGUCAGUGAAACCCACUUCUUCUCUCUCUCUCUCUCUCUCUCUCUCCUCGUUCAUCUCUCUAUGAUUAUUAACGAACAGCUGGCGGAAGCGGUGCACUGAGUCAACUCGACCGAGUUAUGGGCUGUUGCGCAUCUUCCCUGCGGGGACCGAACGCCGACACCAGGAACCAUCCCCACCAGCACCAGCAGGCACAGAACAAUAACUCCUCCAACGGCACGGACGCCGCCGGAGGCUCGCCGGGAUUCUCGGAGUUCUCGCUCGCCGACCUGAGAGCUGCCACCAACAACUUCAGCUCCGACUUCAUCGUCUCCGAGAGCGGCGAGAAAGCCCCCAAUGUCGUCUACAAGGGCCGCCUCCAGAACCAGAACAACAACCGCCGUUGGAUCGCCGUCAAGAAAUUCACCAAGCUCGCCUGGCCCGAUCCCCAGCAAUUCGCCGACGAAGCUAGGGGCGUUGGAAAGCUGAGGCACAAGAGGCUUGCGAAUUUGAUUGGCUAUUGCUGCGACGGCGACGAGAGGCUUCUCGUUGCCGAGUACAUGCCCAACGACACCCUUGCUAAGCAUCUCUUCCAUUGGGAGAAUCAAACCAUCGAGUGGGCCAUGCGUUUAAGGGUUGCUUUGUCCAUUGCUGAAGCUUUAGAUUAUUGCGGCACCGAAGGCCGUCCGUUGUACCAUGAUUUGAAUGCAUACAGAGUUCUCUUUGAUGAGAAUGGCGAUCCCCGGCUUUCCUGUUUCGGAUUGAUGAAAAAUAGUAGGGAUGGAAAAAGUUAUAGCACUAACCUUGCGUAUACACCUCCCGAAUAUCUAAGAAAUGGAAGGGUGACUCCAGAAAGUGUUGUAUUCAGCUUUGGGACUGUCCUUUUGGAUCUUCUCAGUGGAAAGCACAUCCCUCCAAGUCAUGCUCUCGAUAUGAUACGGGGGAAAAACAUUCUUCUCCUAAUGGAUUCACACUUGGAAGGAAAUUUUUCAACUGAAGAGGCAACGGUGGUGUUUGAGCUUGCUUCACGUUGCUUGCAGUAUGAACCUAGGGAGCGGCCAAAUACUAAAGAACUUGUUGCAACACUUGCCCCGUUGCAAAAUAAACCUGAUGUUCCAUCUUAUUUGAUGCUUGGGAUUCCAAAGCAUGAGGAAGCACCUCCUACACCACAACACCCUCUCUCUGCAAUGGGUGAUGCCUGUUCACGGAUGGACCUAACAGCCAUACACCAGAUUUUGGUAAUGACGCACUACAAAGAUGAUGAAGGAACCAAUGAGUUGUCUUUCCAAGAAUGGACCCAACAGAUGAGAGAUAUGUUGGAGGCAAGGAAGCGUGGGGACCUGGCAUUCCGUGACAAGGAUUUCAAAACAGCAAUAGACUGUUAUUCUCAGUUCAUAGAUGUGGGAACCAUGGUUUCUCCGACUGUUUAUGCAAGACGGAGCCUCUGUCAUCUCCUUUGUGAUCAACCGGAUGCUGCUCUUAGAGAUGCCAUGCAGGCGCAGUGUGUGUAUCCUGACUGGUCCACAGCAUUUUACAUGCAGGCAGUUGCCCUUGCCAAGCUAGACAUGCACAAGGAUGCAGCUGACAUGUUGAACGAGGCUGCGGCAUUGGAAGAAAAGAAGCAACGUGGUGGGAGAGCGUCUUGAGAAGCAUAAUCCUGUAUAUCUUUUUUGUUUAUUGUUCUUGUUUAAAAAAUCAUAAUUGGCAGUCAAGCAUUUGAUAUACUCAAGUGGUUGCCAUUGUUCUUGUUGUAACGAAAAAAAAAAAAAAAAGUGGGGUUCCUGUACCAUAGGAAAUGUUAGGUAUCGCGUAUCAUUGGGGGAAUUUGUGGCGUUGACGAAGAUGUAUCAUAGGGAGAAGACACUUGUUUAUUGUGCAUCAACUUCAUGCUAUUUUUUUUUCUUCAAUUUGAAUGAAUUUCAUGAAAUAAUUAA